UUUAAUACUCGCGUCUAUUACACCAGAUUAUUGAUUGUCAAACACGUACUUUUGUGAAACCAUAUAACGUAUUUUUUUCUUUGAUGGUUUCAGUGUUGUUCAAUUGUAAGCUUAUCAAACUUUUAUCAGUUUUUCAAGUUUAUCUUCAAGUUUUUAUUUAAAUUCUAUUCAAAAUGUCGAGAGUCAAAUCUGAUCAAGUGAUUGCAAAGAAUUCCGCGAAACCAAAACCUGAGCUGGUCAAGAAAUAUCGAACACUGGAAAAAGCUUUAAUCUACGAAUUUAUAGACGACCACGUAGAACUGCGGGACAAAUAUCUUCAGAAAUCAGUCGAACUCCACCAGAAAGUGUUCGGCGAUUCGUCCGAAAGAAUUUCCACUAAAGUUAUUCCAAAACAGCGUCGCCCAAAUUCGAGAGUAAGAAUAAGUUCAGACAGUACAUUUGCAAGCGUCAGUUUGCCAGCCGAUAAAAAACCUACAGUUACGAAAAAAUCUGCCUCGCCGAAUAGAUUAAAUAGAUCGAGAAUCGAAAAAUCAUCUCUCCGGUCAUCGAAAACAUCUCAGGGAUCAGCUUUACAAAAAGAAGAAGAGAUCGAUAUUCCACAAAACUCAUCAGCUAAGAACUCAAACAGAACUGUUUCGGCUAAAAGAACAAAAAGUGUUGAUUCACUGACUUUUUCGUCGUCAGAUAAUGAGACUAAAGAGGAAGACAAACUUAGUCUACUCAAUUUGGAAUCGAAAUCAGAAUCAAAAACGGCCACAAAAGAUUCGGAAAAUAAAGUCGAAUCGAAAGAAAACAGUACGAUAGUGUCGGAUCAUGACAGUAACACUCUAAGUUCCAAGGGUUCCAAAAACUCCAAGGCCUCCGAGAACUCAAAAGGGGCCAGGGAUUCCAGUAGUUCCUCUGUGUCCAGCGUGUGGUCUGAAGAAUCUUCAGACAACAGCUAUAAAGAAUAUCCAAAGUUAAAUUACAAAACUGAUCAGCUGAGACCACAAACAGCUAUGGAGAUUCCGAGAUCAAAGAGUCCGCCGCGUGAACAGACUUCUGAGGCGACUAAGGAUAGUCGGAUUGAAUCCUCCGAAAAUAAUACGACUCCUAGAAAGCAAACUAGGGCCAAGAAAGUGUCAAAUAGCGCAAGGCCCAACAAUGUUAAGAAACAGAGUGCACCUUUCAUAAACGAAAAACAAAGAGUGCGUUCGUCUCUUGACUCCCGCAGUCGUGACCAAUCAGCCUCGAUUACUAGUCCAUACGAGCUGAAAAUAGACGAUGUCUCUGCAGCUAACUCGUCCUUGAAAGCGGAACCAACCUCGCCUCACACACGACUGGUAGAUCAUCAUCUGAAAAACACUCACAAGGAGAGUAUUCUGAAGUGGCUGGAGUUGAAGGAGAUAGAGGAGAAGGAGAAGGAGGGGGAGAAGAGGCGAAGAAAGAGGGGGGAGCGGAGGAGGAGGGAGGGGGAGAUAGUGAGUAGGGCUAACAGGGAGAGUGAGGCUGCAAUCGCCUACUCCAACUGGUUCAAAGAAAAGAGGCGCGCCAUCAAUUCCAUGGAGAACCAGCUCAAAAUAGCAUCGGUGGAGAAUUCAAGACAGACUGAGCUGAAAAGACAGAGCGAAGAGUCCUUCCAGAAGUGGCUGAGAGCCAAAAGUGAGCAGAAGAGAAAAGAAAGACUGGCUCAGAAGAAGGCCAAAGAAAGUGAGCAGAAAGACGAUCAGAAAUUAGCCGAACAGAGGGAGAAAAGCUUCCAAACAUGGUUGCAGAACAAAGAAAAACAAAUGCGACGUGAACAAAGUCGGCAACGAAAACUCGAAAUGGAAGAAAGAAAAAUAGAAGAGCAAAAAAGCAGCGAAAUGAUUGAAAAUAUUGAAAAAGAACAUCAAAAGUCAGACCAUGAAAAAGAUGAGGACAGCGAGUCGGAACAAUUAGCACAUGAGUUUUUGUCCAGGCGAAGACAGAAACGCGCUCCAGUAGCUCGCGGCAGAAGUGCUUUCCAGGAAAUAGAGCCUGAAAAAGUCGGCAACGUUUCCAGGGCAGAGUUUGAGAGGGUGAAAUUUGAAGAUACCCAAAAAGAAAUUGAAAAGCAGAAAAGAGACGCCUCGAAGGGGGUUGAAGGAGGAGGAGGAGGGGGAGAGAGUAAUUGGGAUAAGUUUUACAAAGAGGAUAGAAAGCAGAUGUACGAGCGACCAAGGACAACUGGGCCGUUUAGAACCAAUAUUAGAACAAACAUCGACAAAACGACGCCUAAAAACUCAAGAGAAUUAACCAAAAAAGAAGUCUCUCCCAGUCCCUCGACAACAAUGCGACAACUACGCAAACCUAAAAUAACUUACGAAGAGUUUGUCAAACUGGACGCGGAGAAAAAGAGAAAAGCACUGGAGCCAAACAUCAGCAAGGACAUUUUAGAAAAAAGACUUCGGGAAAGAAAAGAAAGUGAGGAACUGUCUAAGAAACGAGUAGACACUGGACUGAAUAUACAGAGACGAGAGGGGAACAGGAAACGAGACCAGAAUUUGCUGGACAGUAUUUUGAGACAAGAAAGGCCGGAACCUCAAGGCGCAGAAGAAAGUGAAGCUGUGAAUGAGUUGAAGAACCAAUCAGAUUUAAAUGAAAGCAGGCAAGAUGAGAAAAAGUUGGAAGCUGGGGCUGAUAAUAAAAAAGAAGUGAAGUUCGUUGAGAAAAUAAACAGUGAUGAAGACAAUGCAAUUGAGUUAGAUCGAGUUGGUUAA